CAUGAAAAAUCAAGAUGCACACAAACAGAAUCACAACUCUAAUCUCCAAACAACCUAAAAAUAUCUAAUUUCCCUUGUCGGAUAUAUCUUCCUCCAUCUAGUUACGUUCUUUCUUGGUUGGCGUGGCAAUGGUGCAGCCUCAUAUUCUUCUGGUUACCUUCCCGGCGCAAGGCCAUAUCAACCCAUCUCUCCAGUUUGCGAAGCGCCUCGUCCGCUUGGGGAUAGAGGUCACCUUCGCCACCUCCGUCUACGCGCACCGCCUCAUGUCCAAGGCCAACGGCGGCGGCGUUCCAGAUGGUUUGAACUUCACCGCUUUCUCCGACGGCUACGAUGAGGGGUUCAAAAAAAAUCACCAUAACGUCGCGCACUACAUGUCGGAGAUCAGAACCCGCGGCUCCUCGUCGCUGAAAGGCAUCGUUUCCGAUAACGCAGCUCAAGGCCGCCCCAUCACGGCCGUGGUUCAUACUCUUCUGCUCCCAUGGGUUUCCGAGGUGGCGCGUGAUGUCAACCUCCCUUCCGCCUUGCUCUGGAUUCAACCCGCGGCGGUUUUGGAUAUUUACUAUUACUACUUCCAUGGGUACGAGGAUGCCUUCAAGAACGCCGCUACCGACCCAAACUGCCCCGUCCAACUACCUGGGCUUCCUCCCCUGUUCAGCGGCGAUCUCCCGUCGUUUCUACUCCCCUCCGGCUCCGGCGGGGAUUACAGUUUUGCCAUGCCCACCUUCAAAGAGGAGAUAGAGAAACUAGAUCUUCAAACUAACCCAACUGUGCUGGUUAACACUUUCGACGCUUUAGAGGCGGAGGGACUGAAAUCUAUAAGUAGCUACAAUUUGUUGGGAGUUGGGCCGUUAAUUCCCUCCGCUUUCCUGGACGGAAAAGACCCCUCCGACACCGCCUUCGGCGGCGAUCUUUUCAAGAAAUCAAAGGACGACGGCUACAUCAACGACUGGCUGAGCUCGCAGCCGGAAUCUUCCGUGGUCUACAUUUCAUUCGGAAGCCUCCUCAACCCUUCCAAAACCCAAAAGGAAGAGAUCGCGAAAGGGCUGCUAGAGAUUAAACGCCCAUUCCUGUGGGUGAUAAGAGACAAACCAGAAAACGAAGAAGAAGAAGAGGAAGAGAAAUUGAGCUGCAUGGAGGAGUUGGAAAAGCAAGGAUUAAUAGUGCCAUGGUGUUCCCAAAUCGAGGUCCUGAAACACCCCUCUCUGGGUUGCUUCAUCACCCACUGCGGAUGGAACUCGACUCUCGAAAGCAUAUGCUCCGGCACGCCGGUGGUGGCGUUCCCUCACUGGACCGACCAAGGGACUAACGCCAAGCUGAUUCAAGAUGUGUGGAAGACCGGCGUGCGGGUGACACAGGGCGAAGACGGCGUCGUUGGGAGCGAGGAAAUAAAGCGGUGCAUUGAGACGGUGAUGGACGGCGGAGACAAAGGGGAGGAACUCAGAAGAAAUGCAAAGAAAUGGAGAGAUUUGGCCAUGGAAGCUAACAGGGAAGGUGGAUCUUCAGAUACGAAUCUCAAGUCAUUCGCUGGAAACGUAAGAAAUCAUUAGUACUACGUAACGGAUCGAUGAAUCAUCACAAGUAUAAAUGACGACAAAAUUGUCUUCAUCAACUUUCCAAUAGAACGUUGACGUGAUGAUGGUAGUUAAACCACAUAGUUGAUGUAAGAUUGUAAGGUUUAUCGUUAAGAUUUAAUUUAUGAUAUUUGUUGUAGCAAAAAUUUAAGAAAACACAUAAAUAAAAUAUAAGUGAGUUCUUGGAAA